CCUACCUGGUGACUAGCAGCUUGUUUCGCUUGAGCACUCUCGUCCUUCACUUUGCACUUGAAAUCCCGUGACAUCGGCCAGUGGACUGAUGAACAUCAUAUGGACGCCAUGGCUCGCUGGGAAUCUCAAACCAAGCGGAUAUUCAAUGGGGACACAGGUCCAAACAAGAGAUACCCAAUGCCUGCAAGAGGCCUACAGGACACACCGGACUACGGUAUAAGAAACGGAAAGUUCGAGAUCAGUGGCAAGACAGUAAAGAAGUUGUUUGAUCGUGUCGUUGAUAAGAUUCUCAAGUUGGUGACCUCGCAGAUCGAGGAGACUAAGAAACGGAAGAAAGUUGCCAAGGCUGUACUGUUGGCUGGUGGCUUCGGAAGAAACGAGUAUCUCAAGAAGAGAAUUCAGGAAACAGUUGGUCUCGCGGUCAAGGUAGAGAAGAUGAAGGACUGCACAACUGCCAUUGUACGGGGAGCCCUAAUCAGAGGACUCGCGGAUAAGCAAUCAAACCCAAGACUGGCCAACAUCUGGGUCGAAUCUCGGAUCGCCAGAAAGCACUAUGGCACCUCGGCACUCACCGAGUAUAUACCAGGCAAACACAGUCCUUACCGCCCAAGAAUCCCUCGUGGUGCAGAUGGAGGCGAGCGUAUUGAAGUCAUUCAAUGGUUCAUUGACAAGGGGUCUGAGAUUAAGGAAUCGAAACCAUUUUCAUUCAAGUACUAUUACGAUGAACCGGUCAGCAACGUUAACUUCCAGGGCGGACGCCUGGAUAACUUCACGAUGCCAGUGUACAUCUGCGAUCACGACCAGAGACCGGAUUACCCAGAAUUGGGCACAACUGGCAGAUGUAAGCUGCUUGUCAAGCUUAUCGCAGACCUCAACAAGAUCCCCAAGGAGGCGCGCGAGACGAAAAUAGGACAAGACAACCAGCUGUACUACAAGAUCCCGUUCAAGAUCGAGAUGACAUGCCACUCAGCGAACAUCACGUUUAACUUGGUGCACGAAAGGGACAAUCAAGGCACUAUUGAACGGGUGGAGUGUGGGAGUGUCCAGGCGGAGUAUAAAUAAAGAAG